AUGUACCCAUACCAGUGUCAGCCUGAUGAACUGACCAACGCCCUGGAGAUCAGUAACAUAGUGUUCACCAGCCUCUUCUCCCUGGAGAUGCUCCUGAAGGUCCUGGUCUACGGGCCUUUUGGGUACAUCAAGAACCCCUACAACAUCUUCGACGGCAUCAUCGUGGUCAUCAGUGUGUGGGAGAUCGUGGGUCAACAGGGUGGGGGUCUGUCAGUGCUGAGGACCUUCCGACUGAUGCGGGUGCUGAAGCUGGUCCGCUUCAUGCCGGCCCUGCAGAGGCAGCUGGUGGUCCUAAUGAAGACCAUGGACAACGUGGCCACCUUCUGUAUGCUGCUCAUGCUCUUCAUUUUCAUCUUCAGUAUCCUUGGAAUGCAUCUGUUCGGUUGUAAGUUUGGUUCUGAGAGGGAUGGAGACACUCUGCCAGACAGGAAGAACUUUGACUCUCUCCUCUGGGCCAUCGUCACAGUUUUCCAGAUCCUAACUCAGGAGGACUGGAAUAAGGUUUUGUACAACGGCAUGGCGUCCACCACGCCUGUGGCCGCGCUCUACUUCAUCGCUCUCAUGACCUUUGGAAACUACGUCCUCUUCAACCUGUUGGUGGCCAUCCUGGUGGAAGGCUUCCAGACUGAGGAAGUGUCCAAGCGGGAGGACUUGCAUGCCCAGCUGAGCCUAAUUCAGCUUCCUGUAGACUCAGGGGGUGAUGCUUCUAAAUCAGGUUCGGAGAUUGAUUCCUUUGCCAGAAGUAUGGAGGAUGUAAACGGCAGCAAGAAGGACUUAUCAGCCUCUGCAGUAGUUCCUGUAAAUGGUCACGUGGACCUGAAGACCAGCCUGACCCCUCCUCUCAUUACCCACACGGCGGCCACCCCCAUGCCCAUACCAAAGCUACCUGUCGGAGGAGACCCCCUCCUGGGCUACGAGUCGCGCCGUGGUAGCAACGUGUCCAUUGAUCCAGGCUGUCAUGACAAGUCCCCGAUCAGUGCCAGGAGUUCGUCUCCUUACGCCCCCUGGAGUUCCGGCAGCGGUCGAACCAGCCGCCGGUCCAGCUGGAACAGCCUGGGUCGAGCCCCGUCACUCAAACGUCAGAAACGCCAGUCUGGAGAGCGGCAGUCGCUCCUGUCUGGAGAGGGAGGGACCAGCUCUGACGAGGGCGAAGGCAGCGGGGAAGUGGGUGGCGGUUUGAUGGAGGACGACGACGCCUCAUUGGCCAGGACAGAUUCCAUGUCCCAGUCCCAGACCAGGCACCGGAGGAUGGAGUCGAUGGAGACACGGAGCUCCAUGGAUUUACCGCCCGAUGCUCUGCUGCAGGUGCCCUUCCUGUACCGGUCAGCCAGUAUGCAUAGCUCCAGACCCCCCUCACUGGGCCAGCUACACCCCCCAGAACACAGAGACUGUAAUGGAAAGGGUUCUCCCACAGCCCUGGGCCCCACACAUGUUUCUCUGGAGGAAAACACUGAAGACGAAAACGCAGAAGAGGAAGUCAAUAUGGGUCGUUUUGCCCGACUGUUCCGCUGGUUGGAGAAGAAACAGCCUGAGUGGUGUCGACAGAGGGACACCUGGUCACUCUACCUGUUCCCACCAGAGUCCAGGUUUCGCAUCACGUGCAAUAAGAUCAUCACACACAAGAUGUUUGACCACGUGGUGUUGGUCAUUAUCUUCCUCAACUGCAUCACCAUUGCCAUGGAGAGGCCUCGCAUCGACCCAAGCAGUGCCGAGCGGAUCUUCCUCACGUUCUCCAACUACAUCUUCACAACAAUCUUUGUGGCAGAGAUGACAGUAAAGAUCGUGGCUUUGGGCUGGUGUUUUGGGGACAAGGCGUAUCUGAGGAGCAGCUGGAACAUUCUGGAUGGGAUGUUGGUGAUGAUCUCUGUCAUUGACAUUCUGGUGUCGCUCAUCUCCAACUCUGGGACAAAGAUCUUGGGAAUGCUGCGAGUGUUGAGGCUCCUGAGGACGCUGAGACCACUGCGGUAA